AUGAUCAAAUUAAGCAGCAAACAUAGUCAGCACUUUAAUUUGGUGGAAUUUCAUCUUUCUGAUUACUUCACAUAUCUCGGCCUAGCUGUUUACACGUCUUUCAUCUCGUUUUCAUAUGGACAGAACAACGUCGUCCCUUCCUCAGAUACAACGACCACCAACCUAUGGAAACCUAAUCACCGUCCUCAGCAUCGAUGGAGGUGGGAUCAGAGGAAUCAUCCCUGGAACAAUUCUUGCCUUCCUUGAAUCACAACUUCAGGAAUUGGAUGGCGAGGAUGCAAGAAUUGCAGACUACUUUGACGUUAUUGGAGGGACGAGCACAGGGGGUCUGGUAACAGCCAUGUUAACUGCACCAAACGAAAACAAUCGUCCUCUAUUUGCUGCUCAAGAUGUCACAGCCUUCUACCUUGACAACUGCCCUAAAAUUUUCCCACAGAUGUGGUCAGUAUUCAGGCCCAAAUAUAAUGGGAAGUAUCUCCAUGGCAUAUUAAGAGAAAAGCUCGGGGAGACAAGGUUGCACCAAGCCCUCACCAAUGUUGUCAUUCCCACCUUCGAUGUCAAGCAACUCCAGCCAAUCAUCUUCUCCUCUUUUGAGGCCAAGACAACAUCAGCCAUGGAUGCUCGACUCUCAGACAUCUGCAUUGCCACCUCUGCAGCUCCAACCUACCUUCCUGCCUAUUAUUUCAAGAACGAAGGUGAAGAUGGGGAUGUGCGAGAAUUCAACCUUAUUGAUGGUGGUGUUGCUGCAAAUAAUCCGGCUUUGAUUGCAAUCAGAGAAUUGACCAAACGAGUGUUUGGAGAAAAUCCAGAUUUCUUCCCGAUUAAGCCUAUGGACUAUUGUAGAUUUCUAGUUAUCUCAUUAGGGACUGGUUCACCAAAGAAAGAAAUGAAAUACAGUGCUAAAAUGGCAGCUAAAUGGGGCGUUAUGGGAUGGCUUCUUAAUGGUAGCUCAACUCCAUUAGUGGAUGUGUUUACUCAAGCAGGUGCAGAUAUGGUUGAUUUUCAUAUCGCCGUGGUCUUUCAAGCCCUUAAAUCCGAAAGCAACUAUCUUAGGAUUCAGGAUGACACAUUAACAGGUGCUGUAGCUUCAGUUGACAUUGCUACCAAGAAAAACUUGGAGAAUCUUGUGAAGGUGGGAGAGGAACUGUUGAAGAAACCAGUUUCUAGGAUCAAUUUGGAGACUGGUCUUUCUGAACCUGUUGCAAAUGGUGGCAUUAAUGAGGAAGCUCUCAAGAAGUUCGCUAAACUGCUCUCUGAUGAAAGAAAACUUCGGCAGGAAAGAUCACUCAAUACUAAAACUUGAAAUAG